AUGUGUAAUUAUAUGUUAAAUAUUUUUAUUAAAAAAUUUAAUCUUGAUUCUGGAAAAUUUGGGUUUAUUUACAGUUUUGAGCGUUUUAUAAAUUCAACUCCUUGGCGACUCUGGAACAGGAAUCCUGGGUGUCGAUAUCCCAGUAAAGCGAAUAAGGGAGCAAGACCUGAUUGUCGUUCACUUCGGAAAAUACGUAAAAGACUCAGGACUGGGAAAUAA